AUGGCUGUUGAAGAACAGGAGAUUGCCAUUGUUGGCUCUGGAUGUCGGUUCCCCGGUAAUGCCACUUCAUCGUCCAAACUUUGGGCCCUUCUGCGCGAACCAAGGCUUGUGGCAAGCCAGGAGGCAUACCUUCUGACGGCAGAGGGAGAAAAUCGGCGCUUCGACGCUGCCUUCUUUGGAAUCAGCCCGGCCGAAGCAAACGUACUGGACCCGCAGAUCCGCUUGCUCCUCGAGACCGUCUACGAAGCGCUCGAGGCCGGUGGCCAGACUAUUGAUAAGCUAAAAGGGUCCGACACGGCAGUAUAUGCCGGCCAGAUGGUAAAUGAUUAUGAGCUUAUUAUGUACCGGGAUCAUGAUAACCUCGGCAAAUACCAUGCUACUGGUACGUCACGGACUAUGCUCUCUAACCGGGUCUCCUACUUCUUUGACUGGCGCGGUCCAUCCAUGACCAUCGAUACGGCAUGUAACUGCCCUGAAGCUUUGCGAAGACAAUCCCGCUAA